AGGGUCUUUGAGACGAUAAAGGCGUAUAGUAUUGUAGACCUAAUUCAUUUCAGAAAUGUGACAUUUCUAUUUCAUUGAAUAAGGAGCCCCCUGCCCCAUGUCCCCAAUCAUGCUCACACUGCUGCUGAAUGUUCACACACACUGUUCCCGCUCAAAUAGAUACCCAGAAAAUAUCUUCAAUGUUGAGUAAUCGAUUUGAGGAGAAGCCACACUGAAAAAUGCUUGUAGUAGAAAACGCAACUUCAUAGUUGAUUGCUCGUACUUAGUAAAAUAAAACACAACUACUUCAUAGUUGAGUGCUCGUAGUAAAAAACAUAACGAACAUCAUAGGUUUUGGUUCGACAUCAGUUUGCUACUCUACCGAAGAAGAUGACAACUUCUUCUGCUCUAGUACAACCUUUUUUUUCUUUUAGCUCUCGACCGAAGAUGAAAACAUUUCCUCAGCGGCUUCUAGCUCUACAACUACAACUUCUUCUGCUUCUGCUAAAAAUUGCUAGACUACAAUCAGAUUUAGUGGAAUAAUCCAAAUGAAGGUAGGUGUCAUCUCGAGGCCACCUCGACGAUGAAGAUGCGUCGUGCCAUAUUGAUACCACGCAGGUCGUACGCGAUGACAAUCGUUGCAGUGGUGCUGGUGCGACGCUUUUACGUGGCACUCGUAUCUUUGUGCUUCUUCUACACGUUAUACAACUAUCAGGACGAGCGGGACGUCGAGCAACUAUUCCUAUCGGACGAAAACAACUGUGUGUUGCAAGGCUCGAAGUGGGAAAGAUCGCCGACAUCUACUAACUUUCUAUUUUUAAGGCAAUUCUGCGACCGUUCAUUAGUUCGAAGUCAGCGUCUAAAUAUUUGAUUGCCAUCACUUCAAAAGAAAAAGCCCCGCUGUAGGACUAGGAGGCUCCUGCACGAACUGAUUUUUUCGACAUGAUUUUUUCUCUAAUUUUCGUUGCUGCCCAGACGGCCUCUCAAAGUGAGUUUUGCCAAGCUUUUUGGCUACAAGCCUACGAACCCGCACCCUUCGUAACGUUUCUCAACUGCGUGCACAACAAGUUUCCAUCCUUGGAUUUGAGUCUUCCUUAUGGUCUAUGUGUAUUAAACUGUCUCCUAGCUGAGAAACCAUUCAGUGUCUGUGUCAGAGUCAGUCUCCUUAUUUCUAAUUCUUAGGUGUCGAUAAGGAUGCUCAUUCAGAAGUGUCAGUCUCCUUAUUUCUAAUUCUUAGGUGUCGAUAAGGAUGCUCAUUCAAGAGUAUCAGUCUCCUUAUUUCUAAUUCUUAGGUGUCGAGGAGGAUGCUCACUUAGAUUGCUGGUGCGAGAACAACCUUACUCCGUUGUGGCGCAAUAUGUAUACGACUGUUGCUGGCUCAAAUUCGGCAGAUUGGAUGCGCACGCCCGUAGACUGCUGCAAAUACAGUGGUUGGGCUAACUAUUGCACUCUGGAUUGCAACCCAGAUUGCAACGACGCACGUGCUGAGACAUUUAAGGCUCCAUCUUCAUAUUUAGUCAAUGUCAACUCUGUCUAGAGGAUCAGUCCCGUACGGCUGUCAAUAAGUAAUCGAAAACUGAUGAAAAUAAGCGAGUUGCUGACUGAAAUAAGACGGGAGGUAGCUUUCAAAGGCUACUCUGUGUUCUUCAGUAUCUUCUCGGUUAUUCUCGGUUGUUACUUGCUUCUUUUAUAGUUUUUCGUAUACAUAAAGAUAAACACUUUUGAUUCACUCACUGAUCUUCUUCAAAACAAAAAAAAACGCUUUAAGACAUGCCGUAAUGAGUGUCUGCCUCUCUGUCUAGAGGAUCAGUACCGUACGGAGAUUAUAGCCUCAGGACAGUCGGUUUGUAAUUGCGGUGGAUGCUGGGACAAGAUCAGGUGUAUUCACGAUCACGCACAAAAUCGGAAUAGACCAGACUUCCAGAAAGUAUGCGAUCUCUCAGUUUUCGAGCGCUCGAUUGAAGCACAAAACUAUUUCAAUUUAUGAAAUAGCAAAGUACAGCGAUACUUCAUCUUGUAGUUGUAGAGACUAAAUAAUGGAAUAUGAUUAAGUAUGCAUAUGGGAGCAGACGACCCACAUUUUUAGAUGACCUGAACGAGGGAGAAGGUGGUAGUUCCUUCUGUGCUUGUAGCUGUAGUACGACUACGAGGCCACUGGUGUCGUGACUAGAACCUUCACACUACCAGUAUCUUCGCUUCUAACUUCCUGUGUCCAACGCUACCCGCACGCAACCACGUGGGAGCAGGCGACGGCUUCCGCCCACUGUGUCUGCGAGGCUAAUCUGAAAGCUGCAUUGGAGCGAACCAAUUGCUGCGCAGCCAGCAACUACAAGGAAAUCUGCUCACCUCCUGCUGAAGUUGGUGGUUGCGCAGACAAGGGCAAUCUUCUGUGCAGGAGUGCGGAAUACUUGAUUAUGGUGAGCUUGUGGAGAAGAAGUAUCAGAUCAUAUGCUACAAGUUCCUGCAGACACUCAGGGCUUUCUGAGUGCUGCUGUCUUGGCCCGUAUCUUCACGUACGUCUACUUAGUCUAAAUCUAGUCUUUCCUGCCUUUGGUCACUAUCUUCCAGAUUCUUCCCAGUCUGGAAGGUAGGAUCAUAACAGAAAUGCACACAUGACAAGUAUAAGGCUCCGCCCACUAAACACCCUCUUCUAACCCUCGUUGCAAGAUAGAUUGCGAACGGAAGUGCGAUCAUAUUCAGGAUUCAACUGCUGACUGCUACAACGACUGCUUGAGGCCAGAGGGGAAGUGCUACAAGUAUCAGAAAUGUGAGCCGCCAACGGCGAAGACGCAUGAUUACAUCUGUGACGACACCAUAACGAGUCCAGACUUGGGAGGAUGCUGUGUGCGACACGAUACGACACUCUACACAAGCGGAAACGUUUGGUGCCCAAGGUUUUUAUGGAAAUUUUUUAGUGUAGAAAUCAGCACUAUUUUAUUGGCAUUCUGCUGUGAAUGUGAUUAGUCAGACAUCAGGUUCCUAGACGCAAGAAAAAUCGACGUGGAGAUGGGCCACUCCCUUUCCAUCUCGUUCCUGAUGGUGGUAGUGGUUUAUUUCCACCCCGUCCAUUUUUUCUUCUUCGUGUUCAUUCUCUAAUUCCCUGCGCCACCGGAGACGUUUGGUACGUACAGGCGACGCAAAAGUAUGUCUGUGAUUGUCAGACGUGUCCGGAAGAUGGGGACUCUUUGGUCCAAUUUUGGCGUAACGCAGUAGGUGACUUCGUCCGCGGUCGAUAUAAGCACGGUUUACGCCGUAUACAGACACGACUUGGACUCACGACCGAAAAGGAACCUGAAAGAACAGAAAAAUUGCGAGAGUUCUUUGUUAUGAACAAUACUUAUACUUAAAGUGAAUAAAUAUGAGUUAUUGUGCUUGUUUUUGUUUGUGAUCGUGAUCGAGUAUUUAUCUGUUUAGUACCUAAUAUCUGUUUAGCAGUACUACGUACUUGGAGUGAAUCAUAAUAAUAAUAAUUGUUGUUCACGCACGCACUGUUCUCUUCAUCAAGAAUAAGAAACAAGCUCGUUUGUAACUAUUCUUCUAAUUGUAAGUUGAUGAUUUCCAACGCGAUGAGGACGACGACAUACGAGCCUGGGAGAGCAGUAACAGACUUGAGACAGGAGGUCUGGAUAGGACUGGAGGCGGAUUUGAAGAGAAUCGAGUUAGAGGCUAUCUCCUUGUGGAUGGAAAUACAUCAUGAUACUGAUGCCCCCUCACAACUCCCUGGUGCAGUCGUGGAGGACGCAUCAUCAGACUUAAGGCUUGAGGAAAUCCAUCUUCCGGCCGCAGCAUCUUGCCUCCGUUUUGAAUUGAAGGAAAAACGGGCAACAAGAUGCUCGCCGCGAUGCUGCAUUUCUGCAAGUUCUAACAGACACAACUAAGCCUUGGGCUCCGAAUCUAGAAGGCGUAUGGCGCAUGACCGAUCAAGAGUGGGCUCUCGCGAGCGCGCAAGACACGGAUCCAGCGUUGAGCUCUUCUUCUUCAGUUAAGGAAUACUAUCACACAUAAGGAAGAUGACACGCAAUGCCACCCAAGGACGUUGAAUGUAACCCUCCCUCCCCUUGCACUUGCUGAACUUACCCCCAGAUUGGGUAUACUACUACUACUGCUACUAGUUGUCGUAGUAUCUACCUAAAAAGACAAACAGCUGUCCUUCUCCUUCCGUCACGACCUCUAAUUCUUCUAGUAGCACAGGAGGCAAGGAUUUUAGUUCUGGAAACUUAGGAGUUCCAGUUCCAGCGAUACCUCCUUCGAGUGCAACCAACACGCAAGAUGACACGCCGUUUGGAGUAGGAGGUGGUGUGUCAUUUCCGACAACAUCUUCAGGGUCGGGUUUUGGUACUAGUGGUAGUAGUUCUUCCGGAUCAGGUUUUGGUUCGAGUUCUUCAGGGACCACCUCAGGAGAAGAUUAUACCAGCACAAAUAAUAACACACCGGAACAGUCUGUCCCUGUAGUUCCAACAUCAACAACUCAAGGACCAACUGGUGAGGGAACUAGUUCUUCAGGUUCAACUGCUUCAGGUGCUGCUGGACAACGAACACCCACAAAUUCCGAUCAAGGUUCAACUACUUCUGUCUCAGAAGGGACGCCUUUCAAUCCCGACACGGAAGAUCGCUUUAUAGGACGCACGCAGAUUGAGAUGCAGUUACCGUCGACAUUGACAGGAUACGCUUUGUACGAGGAUGAAGCGACCCGUGGUGCGUUUCAGAUGGCCUUGGCCAUGAAAUUUGGCAUCCAAAACUCCCAACUCAGCGUGCUAGGGUUUCUACUGAGCGCGCAAAGAAGACCUAGUGUUUGGGACGAUAGAAGGCGCUUGGAAGAGCGACCAGUGAAGAUGGGGACUCCACCUGCUACGAAGAAUCACUACCAAUUGCUGGAGGUAGAGCACAACUACGAGACCUACAAGACCCCCUUAGCCACUUCAAUGAUGAAGAGGAUGCAAGUGCUGGAGAAGGAUAAUCAGACAAUAAUGCUGAGGGGUAACAAGAAGAAGAGCCGUGUCGUUCAGUCUCCGUUACGACCCUUAUCUGCUCGCAGAAAAACUAGAGGCUUGCUGCAGUUUUUGAUGUGGAGAAGGGAGCGAAAACUUUCUAAUCCUUGGAGAGCUCGAGGACUUUCACCAAAAAGCCUUAGAACUGAAGCUAGUCCCCUUGUUCCGCUACCGCUUCAAAUCGGACCAAGUGCUGUCAUCCGGCAGAUCAACAGCGAUUAUCAAGUUCAAGUUCAUCAAGAUCAACGGCAACGAGGACAAGCUGCUGCUCGUCAACUUCUGACUUCUAGUCGUGCUCUUUCUACGGCUCCUGUCGCGAAUACUUCCCCCGUAAAUGCGAAGACCGUCGUUGUGCAGUACGAACUUCGAUUGCCACGCGACCUGCAAGGUCAAGCCGCCGCGUCGUCCAGUAGCACACUCUACGCGACCGGCCCAACAGGAAGCACAACAAGCAGCUUAUAUGCUUCGGGCAGUGCGUCGCAGCAACACGACAACGUCCUCUCGCGAUCCCAGAGUACAGCUGCAAAAGCCUUGUUUGCCUCUGUUUUGCAGGUGGAGUUGAACGCGGCUGGAAAAGGUGGCAAGGUCUCGGUUAUAAGCGUUGAUGGCACAAUCAUUUUCAGUUGCAAAGGGAGUGCGGAUGAGGGGAAGUGCCAGUACGAUCUGGAAGUGGCUACCAGCUGCGUCUACGAGUGUCAGGCUGCGGCAGUAAGAGCAGACGCCGGUGGCUACAGCUGGGAAAUACUUCAACAACUGGCAGCCGCGCAACAGAUGUUAUGGAUGAUAGAUGAUAGCGAUGUUUCUCGUGGAUGUUGAUGUUCUACUUACUCCUGUAGGUCUAUUAGCUACCAGCACCAGUAACUCCUUUACUAGUUGCUUGUAUGAAAUUAUUUUAUAUAUGUCAAUCAACAACUUUGUUUUGCUCUUCAUCUUGGUUUUCCUCGUCUAAUUCACAAAAAGCAGGACGAGGAGAGGCGCGCCGACGAGGAACGAAAGGCAAAGGUCAUGAGUUGGGCCAGUACCGGUUUGGGCAUGGCGAUUGUUCUCGCCCUGUUUCUUUGCUUUAUCUGUCGCAAAGCUCCAAAUGCGGAAGGCUUGCUUGCGGGUGAUUCUAAGAACCAAGUAGCACCAGAACAAGGCGAGGGCCGGGACUUCUACGACACGAGUAGAAAUCCAGAAUCUUCUUCUCACUUGCAAAUCCUAGGUCAGAAUAAUCAGGGAGAGUACGUGACCUUGAAUCCUGAUGGUCAAGCGAGGGGUGUUGGGCGAAAUGAGGUAGUUCUAGGAAGGCCAGUGCUGGUGAAAACAGCGUUUUCGGAGGAGAAUGCGCCUCCAAUAGGAACAGUGAUAAAUCUGAGAGGAAGUCGCGGAGCUCCAGUCGUCGCUUGGGAUCCAGCAGUAGGUGGAAACCCUGUGAAUGCAGAGAAUAAUCUUCUCGAUUCAGGUGGGGCACUGAACAAUGACAUUAAAGUUAAACCCAAUACUGCUUCAACAAAUACUAGCUCAAGUUCGUCCUCGAGAGCUGCUUUUGGUUCUUUUGGAGCUACAACUAAUACAGGAGGAACACCUAGUACAGUUAGUGGAACUAAGGCUACGGCAGUUGUGAUCAAUGGCUUCUAUGCUCCUGGUGUAGACAUAGACACUGUGGAGAAGCUACCGUAUGCUUUUACAACAUCUGUAGAUCAUCGACGCUUUGCACGUCUACCUAGUGAGAACGAGCUGGCGAAGAAGACGGCUGCUCAUUUGCAAACGGCUGGAAAGACUACGUCCAAGGAAGCAAAAGGUCCCUUCCGUGUUUUUCGAAGGAGCCGCUCUGCUGAACAACAAACCACUUCUUCAAAAACAACUCCUACAAGAAAAAGAACUGCGCAAUCAAAUACAAAUAAUGUAAAUUUUGAUGUAGAUCAACAAGAAAAGGCUGAUCAUGAAGUAGAUCAUCAAAAGACCAACAAGACUCCUGCUCUCAGUACAGCCCGUGAGGUCCGUGAAGCAGUCACUGCGAGCCUAACUGCAAGAGUGGAGAGUGGUACAAACAAGACUGGUACAAACAAUCUGCGUAUUCGUGGUGACGACUCGAGGAAGAGCAAUGUCCUUGCAGACUGUAUAAGGGCUCAAGAAGCUCUGUCCCUGGGGAGAACAGGGCGUGGAACAGAGCGUGGCAGUGGAGACUCUAAAGAUAAGGGGAGGUCACAGUCUGCUUCUGCACAGUCUGCUUCUGCACAGUCUGCUUCUAGUACAAGUGGGGUAGCUCCGGAAGCAUCAUUAUCAACCAAUUCUUCCCCAACGAAGCUGAACAAAGUAAAGACUAGCGGAAAGACAGCAACUAGCAGUCUCGAAAGUGGCGCAACCUCUGCGGACGCGGCAAACACUGCUCUACUUCUGCGUAAAAAGGAGCUUCAACAAAGUGGUAGAGGUAGUGGCUCAAUAACGGAACAAAUCAAGCCUUCCUCGGCAGCUUCCGGGGACACUAGGAGUACGUUGAGCGGGGGUAGUAGGACUACAAAUGGAAGCUCCAACUCAAAAAGUAGCUCUACUUCUAGAACAAGUACUACAGCCACUACAGCUACUGGCUCCUCUAAUUCGGCGUCUGCCAGAACAGUCACGGCUUUGCUUUCCAGUGUUAUAGGGGCUUCGAACAAUGACGAGGAGGAGCGAGGACGAGAAGCCGGGGAAGUACGACCACAAGUGGAAAAUCCGAAUCGUGUGCAGAAAGACAAGAACCCCGACCCUGUCGCUGGUGAAAUAAGAAAGAAUUAGACCAAAGUAACUUGACAAGAAUGAGAUUGAGAACGAGUCCUCCUCAAACUGAAUACCCUUCUCAACAACCCCAUGCAGAUGCAACAUCAUCAAGGGUAAGACGCAUAGCUCUGUUGUACUUACCUCUUCCUCUUCAUGAUCUCGCUACAGCGGGACGUCAGCACAUUCGCACAUUCUGAGACUGAAACUACCAGCACAACUCAUGCAGGACUUUUUCAUCUGUGGGCUGUUGUCGCACUUGAACUUGUAGUUCAUCAUCAUGUUUUAGACUUCUCGUUCUUAGAAAUAAACAAAUCAAAAACAAAAAGAUCAAAAUCUUGUUUACCUUCAUCACCACCUGAAGGAAGGUUUUUAGGCAAGAACCUUAAUACCUUUAUACACCGCUACCAGUUAAAGCGGUGGACCACAGGAC